GAGCAAAGAAUGUGUGAAGAAAGGAGCCCUGAUCCCUUCCUCUUUGCUUCUCCCAAUGUCAGGUUGACAAGAACACCAAUCCAUAGGAAAAUGCCUGACAAUAUUAUUAUGCUUCUUCAAUUAUUUCUGGGACGGCUGAACUAAAAGCGGUGGAAACGGGAGCCCUCUUAUGGAGAGAAUGAAAACAGGAGAAACCCUCAGAACUAGGUUGUAUUUGAAGGAAAUUUAAACCCUAAGAAGACCCAAGAAACCAGUCAAAAAUGCUCCUGAAAAGAAUUUAGUUUUGCUUCUGAAGACACAAAUAAGAAAGGAGAGGAGAUGGAAGUGCCUACCUCAUCUUGUGAUCCAGAAAUGAACUUCUUUCUACUUCUGACCAUUUUCUUUAUAACUCUACCCAUUAAUAAUGUGAGAACUGGUAAGAACCCUGUGUGCAGCUUUGUAAAAAUGUACUGGUUCCUGGCUGAAAAUGUUUAUUCUUAUUUCGCAGUCCAGUUAACAGUGAACGGACCACUCCAGCCAAUCACUGCCUCCUUGAGUGGUGAUAUUGUGCUACGCUGUCAUCUGUCGCCCAGAAACAGUGCUCAAAAUAUGGAGAUUAAAUGGUUCCGCUCCCAGAACUCUUCAUAUGUGCACCUUUAUCACAGUGGCAAAGAUCAUUUUGAAAAGCAGCAGCCAGAAUAUCACGGGAGGACAGAGCUUUUGAAAGAUGGCAUUGAUGAUGGAAACAUUAGCCUACGAAUUCUUAAUGUCAGUGUUUUUGAUGAGGGACAGUACCAUUGCUCUGUGAAGAAUGGAAGUUUUCAUCAGGAAGUCACAUUGAACAUGAAUGUCACUGCAUUGGGCUCUGCGCCUCUCAUUUCCAUUGAAGGUUACCAAGACAAAGGGAUUCAUGUGAUCUGCAAGUCCAGCGGCUGGUAUCCAAAGCCUGAGGUCCUGUGGAGAGAUCCCAGUGGAAAUCCUUUCUCUUCAUGGGCUACACAUAUAUCCCAGAAGAAGGAUGGUUUGUUUGAAGUAGAGGAUGACCUCAUCCUAACUGGAAGUUCAAGUCAGCGCUUGACCUGUGUGGUCAGGAACACUCUACUCCAGCAGGAGAAAGAAUCAACUGUUCACAUAGGAGAUAUCUUCUUUUCAAAGAUUUCUCCCUGGGCUGUGAGUCUGUAUAUGUCCCUACUGGCUUUGCUUGGUUUCAUGAUGGUUACUCUUUAUCUGUUUAAAGCAAGAAGAAUGCUUAUCACUGAACUGAAUUGGAGGAAGAUGCUGGUGCCAAUAGAAAAAGCCAAUGUCACUCUGGAUCCAGACACAGCCAACCACGACUUGAUCAUCUCUUCAGACUGUAGGAAUGUCAUCCAAGGCUUCAUGUGGCACAGCCAGCCUGACAACAUGGAAAGAUUUGACGUAGAGCGCUGCGUGUUGGGAAGGGAAGGCUUUGCCUCUGGGAGGCAUUACUGGGAAGUGGAGGUGGGAGAGGAGGGCUACUGGGCUGUCGGGGUGGCAAGAUCUUCUGUGAGGAGAAAGGGAAGACUCAGCUUGGACCCCGAAGAAGGCAUCUGGGCUGUGGAGAAAUGUCGGAUCCAAAUCGUCCAAUACCAAGCUCUUACUGUCCCUCAGACUCCAUUGAUCUUACGGAAAAGACCCAGAAAAAUUGGGAUUUACCUGGAUUAUGAAAUGGAUCAAGUGGCCUUUUAUGAUGUCAACCACAAAACACACAUCUUUACAUUCCCCUCAGCUACUUUCAAUGGGGAGAAGAUUUUCCCUUUCCUGCAUGUGGGAAUUGGAUGCUGGCUUACCCUCUGCCCCUAAUGCCUUCCUUUGCAUGAGGACUCAUGUGUAAACAAGAUGGGGGCAGGGCCGGCCAUUCUACAUAUUCCACAGCCAGCCCUUCGAUUGGGCAAUAGUUAAAAUAAUUUGGCUUGGCUUGACAAACAAUAAUUCUCUCAGCCCUUCAUCCUUUAUAAUGGAUAUAAUACUGACCAGUUCCUAGACAUUUUUGUGAUAAUAGUGUAUUCAUAUAUAUUAAGAUUGUAUUUCCAGGAGGUGGUAUCUGACCCUUGAGUUCUUUUUAAGGAGAAAGGUGGGAUAAAAUUAUUUUAGAUAAAUACAUUUCACAGACUAUAAAUGUGGAAAGAUAACCCUUCAUAACAGGACUGCAGUUUUUUAAAAUGGUUUAUGUAAUCAAAGAAUUUAAUUCAUUGUUACAGGGUUGCUUUCAGAUUUCUAUGAGCAGGGCUACAGCUAUGGGGAGGUCUAAUGGUUUAGAAUAGUACUUGUCCCGAUUACAGUGGUGCCCCGCAUAGCGACGAUAAUCUGGUCCAGGAAAACCGUUGCUAUCCGGAAUCGUCU